CCUUAUAACUGAUUUGAAUUGUAUUGUGGUUUUGCGGUUCUGCACCUGAAAUACUGUCGGUAUAUGAUUCCUGACACAUUAUUCUGUUUUGAUAAGUUUAAAAACAUGCACGUUGAUGUUUGUGUUUAUUUAGGUGUUGAUUAGCUUUGCUCUGGAAUGAGAAGAUUACGCAAAACAAAGGUUUUUUUUCUCUUUUGUGCUUGUCUGACAUGUGUAGUGUCUGUACUCUAUGGUGAAUAUUUGGUUUACUAUCUAAAUUCUACAAAAUGGCUUCCAGUCAGUUGCAAAAACCAGCAGGAAUGUGUGAGGAUAUUAUUUGUAGCUGAUCCUCAGAUUAUUGGUAAUUGGAAUGAAGUGUUUCAUCCCAUCACGCCUUUCAGUAUUUAUGAUAGUGACAGGUAUCUAAAAAAGACUUUCAAGUAUGCCCAGGCCUUUGUCAAACCAGAUGUUAUUGCAUUUUUGGGUGACUUGAUGGAUGAGGCCCAUAUAGCAAGUGAUGAAGAUUUCUACAGCUACAUUCGAAGAAUAUUUAACAUAUUUCUAGAUGGUUCUGAUCUUUCAAAAAAUGUCAAGCACAUCUGGAUUCCGGGUGACAAUGACAUUGGUGGGGAGGACACAAAAGUGACCCCAAAAAAAUUGCAAAGAUUUGAGCGAGCUUUUUCGCAGCCAAGCAUAACAGUUGUUAAAAAUGUAACUUUUUUUAAAAUCAAUCGGUUGACAUCCAUAAUUCCAGUUUACAAAAAGGAAAGGGACUUUUAUAAUGUCCGCGAAAUUUUUGUUGGUCUGAGUCAUGUGCCUUUGAUGUUUAAACCGUCUCCCUUUGUCGAUAAAGUAAUCAACAAAAUGUUGCCUCACGUUUUGUUCACCGCUCACGAACACAAAUCAAUGAUAAUCAAAACGGACGCUUUACUCCGACAGGACUUUCACAUUACGCCGGUAACUCCAGAAAAUACGAAGAUUUUCCAAUUUACCCUAGGGUCGACUGAUAUGUACGAAAUUAUGGUGCCGACAUGUUCUUACCGGAUGGGCACCACAAAAAUCGGCUUCGGCUAUGCUGCAAUCGAACGCAACGAAUUGAAAUUUACAAUACUGUGGUCCCCAUCUCGUUUUGAGGUGCUCGCCGUUUAUCUAUUUCUAUUCAUAUUUUUUACGCUGGCUGCGUUUUGCAUUAAAUGCUGCCCUAAAAUCUAAUCGCUUCUUGUUGCAAUAAAUCAAGAUUUGUAUAUUUUUCAAUUUCACUGUAAAAUAAUAAAAAUACUUCAAAAAA